AUGCCAUCCAAGGAAAAAUCUUCUCGCUCAAAUUCAUCCAAGAAAAAGUCAGAAUCUAGUGAAUCUUCGGAAGACAAGAAGAAAAAGAAAGAAUCCAAACGAUCUUCCUCUUCCAAGAAGCGAUCGAGAAAAAAAGAACAUUCCGAAAAGAAAAAACAUUCCUCAAUAGAAAAUAGUUCAGCUCCUUCCAAUGAUCAUUCUCUAUCUUCCACUACACAACAUGCACCUUCUGAGAUACCUCUCAACAACACGACCACUAACAACAACACUACCACCAACACUCCUCCUUCUUCUCAAAAUUAUGACAUUCACAAAUUGAAUUUCAUGACCACUCUUAAUAUUAAUAAUCAUGUCUAUGAAAAACAACUGAAUGAACUUCAAUUUAUCAUCAAUUCUAAAUUAAUUCCAACCAAACAAUCAUUACUCUCUCAACUCUACAAAAUUCAAAGCAAAAUGACAAUGGUUAAAAAAGCCAAAGACAAACUUGUCAAUGAAUACAAAAUUCAAAUGGAGACCUUGUUUAAUAAUUUGAACAUGCAAGAGUCAAACAAAAUGUUAAUAUUGAAACAAGAUGAAAGUUGUGUAUUGAAUCAAUUGCAAAUCAUUCAAAAUUUUGUCAAUCGAGUUGGAAAUGAACUCUCUUCUGGGAAAGAGAAUAUUCCUGUGAAUGCUGAAUAUUCAACAUUUCAUGACAUUUCGAGUUUAAUUGGAGAGGCAAAUUAUUUGUCUGAUAAAAACUUACCUCUUUCGGUUGAUAAUCCAACAGUCAUGACCACUCUAUUGGAAUAUGAACAAGGAGAUAUGAAAGAUCUUUCUUUUUACAAACACAAUUAUGAAGAGUUAAAGAAAUUACUUCACAUGAAAAAUCAAAUGAUUACAAAAUUAAUGAUUGAGAAAGAAGAAGAAAGAAAAUCUCAACAAGAGGAAAUUAAAAGAAUAACAGAGCUGUACAUGUCCACCAAGAAUGAAUUACAUGAAUGGAUGAAAAUGGUUGAAAAGUGA